AUGAAAAUGUGCUGUGUGGGGAACAAAGACUCUUUAAAUCGGACAGACCCAUACAAGGCCUCGUAUAUCCAGUGCAACGAAACCAUAGUCCUGUCUCACGCCUACCAACACGCUACCGUCUCGAGCCCCGGGUUUCCUCGACCGUAUCCAGACGAUGCCGAGUGCGUGACUGAAAUCCGGGCACCACCACAGCAUUCGAUAAGGCUACACUUUGAAGAGCUGCUGACAGAACAUGAACCUCAGUAA